AUGAUUCAAAGAAAAACAGACCAUUUCCAGCAUGAGACACCCUACACCAAUGGUCAUAUUUACUCCAAGCUUCGUGAUUACGUCGUUGAUAGCCGAGACUAUAACGAUUGGUACAUGAGGCUAAGCCCGAAUAAGAGAAAGAACUUUCAAGCGAUUAAUGGACAUCAUGGUGUUCGGGGAGCUCUGGAUAAACUGAUAUGCUUCCCUGGCAUUAUGGAUGCUUUAUUCCUGGGCAACAUUUGCAAAUACGCCGCUUGGGGAUUGUUGAAAGAAUUCCAAACUUGCCUCAACUAUAUAUAUAAUCAAUGGUUUGCGUACACAUGUGGCGAUCAUGCCUUACAGCGUGAUGUCACCCCCGAGACCGUGAAGCUCCUGGAAGGUCGCGCUCCGGCCACCAGCUUGUCUGAUCGCGAGUGGAUACGGGCUGUCUUCCGGGCGGGGAUGGUUUUCCCCAGUACGACAAAUCAAAAACAGCGAGACGAUCUGGAGAAGGCCAUCCUGAAAAGUCAAGGCGUAAUUCCUGGUCUUCGGUCAUGUCAGGCCAAUAUGCUGUACAUGGGAAUUGCUGCUCAGGUCAUAUGGACACUUCUCAUUCCUAACGAGGUUGAGCUCAAGCGAACGGUCAAAGCUGAAGACGGCAUGGUAACACUGCGAUCUGUCCUCCGCAAAUGCUGGGUUGAGACAGAACCUUACGUCGAAGUCGGGGAAGGAGAAUUCCAGUCGGUACUCGGCGCUCCUAAUUUCGACCUAGCUUACAAUAAUGUUGUCAUAGCAGCCCUCCGCCAGUUUGCUUUUAUGUCCAGGGACGAGCCAAAGAUCGAGGCAGGCGAUUCAACGAUGCGGAUAUCGAGUAAUGAUAGAUAUGCGUGUGAAGCUCUGUUCCAGCGCCGGGCGAAGUUCUUGGGGUUCCAAAAUAGCCUUAUUGAGCAAGGAGCGUCGAAGCGCGUAAGCCCAUUCCAGCCUGAGACAAAGCCCCACAAAGAAGAUGAAGAAGCCUUCCUGAGUAGGGUAGAGCAUCGUUGGGGUAGGCCGUUCGCUCGAAUGUUUCCCAUCAUCCAAAGUGCCGCCUUUCUCCCUCACCUUUGUGGCAAGGAGACAACGCCUGCGGGAAGAAUUACCCAGAUCGUCAUUCUAAAGGAUUUGGUGAGGGCUUUCCUGCCUCCCGUUACAUUUGACAUUCAUCCUUCGCGAGCGGUCAUUAGUAUAAACAAACCUAAUAACACAAUUCAAACAGCCCCAUACGUACAGGAGGUAGCAUCUUUUCCUUCCAAACUACCAUAUCACGAAGACACAGAGAUGGAUGUCGAUACUCCACUUGCCUCACCUCAGGCGUCAUUAUGUGGCCCUGAAGAUGUGGUUAUGAGCGAUCUCUCUGACCCGGCCGAAAGUGAAACCACAGAGGAUUCUCAUUUCUGGGAUCAUCUCAUCUCGGAGUAUGAUAGCCUCGCCGGUAGUGCUCGAUCAAGUAACCGCGUGGAAGAGUUGGAUGAUUGGGAAACGGCAGGAACUGAGGUCACAAACACUUCCGCACUUUCUAUUCCGUCGUACUCGAUGGUAGCUGAUCAGAGCCGGACCGUGUUCGACGACUCUCCUUCCAGCUCACAGAUUGAUCGCUCUACAAUCUGGUCGCCAAGUGGCUCUGAGCAGAGCUUGUCGAGAUGCAAAUCAACGCCCGCAAACACAUAUAACGCAGCGACUCGCCACACUUUGAGAAGGCGGAAGGCAAAGACAGCUGAGAGUAGAAACUUGCUAAGAUUGAAUGGCUAUAAUGCAGUCUCGCGGCAUAAGGCAGAACUAAAGAAGCCACCUAUGGUGCAUAGAGGUGUAUCUACACGAGCUCAACAAGAUGUUCACUUGUCCGAGUGCACUUGUGCUUUAUGCCGACCAAAAGUUAAAAUUGAUCAACCUCUGAGAAGGCAAAAACCGCCGUUGCCAGAAACAGUCCCUUCGCCAUCUUACCAACACUGCUUGCCCAGCAUCUAUAGCACCUCUCCAGAGAGGUCAGUACUUCCGUCACCCGAAAAUAUACAACAUGGCAAUAUUCGAGCCUCCCAUACGAUUGCCAGUGCUCCAGGCAAUCGUGCGAGCUUCUUCACUGAUCCUCUUCCGAGGUCAACCCUACCCUCACCGACAACUUGCUUUGUAUCUCGUCCCCAGCCUGUGACCUCGAUUAAAGGUCCAUGGAGAGUAUCCAGCUCAGCUUCCACAGAAUCACCGCUAUAUUACGGACACUCUUCUGAUUCAAGUCAUUCCCAUAUUCAUUCUUACUCUAGUGCAUGUUCACCUAUCCUCUCACGUUUUACUGACAACCCAGCCCGUUCUUUGCAUCAAGACGAUAGCUCGUUUCGCUCUAAUGGUUCCACUCUUAUCGGUGCAUAUGAAACACAGAAUGAGGGAUGGCAGGGCUUCAUUGAUAGCGACGAUACAUUAACAACUAUCAGCUUGAGCUAG